CUCUGCCAAAAACAUCCUGCCUACUGAUAACGAUUCGACUCUUCUCCUUCACAACCACCUUAUCAGCUUGUCAAAUCCAUCCGAAAUGGCUUCUUUCCAGGAUCGUGCUCAGCACGCCAUUGCCCAGCUCGACAAGGAGCUCUCCAAGUACCCCCUUCUCAACAACCUUGAGCGCCAGUCCUCCGUCCCCAAGGUCUACGUGAUCCUCGGCCUGGUUGGUAUCUACACCUUCCUCGUCUUCUUCAACAUUGCCGGUGAAUUCCUCGUCAACCUCGCCGGUUUUGUCAUCCCUGGCUACUACUCCCUCAACGCCCUCUUCACCGCCGGUAAGGCCGACGACACGCAGUGGUUGACGUACUGGGUUGUUUAUGCCUUCUUCACCGUCCUUGAGAGCGCCGUCAGCGCCCCCUACUGGUUCCCCUUCUACUACAUCUUCAAGUUCGCCCUUGUCCUCUGGAUGGCUCUGCCCCAGACCAACGGUGCUCAAAUCGUCUUCCACUCUUUCAUCCAGCCCGUGCUCGGCCGCUUCUUCCAGGGCGGUUCCACCUCUGCGAACCUCCGCGCCCAGGCCGACGCUGCCACCAAGGCGCAGUAAAUAGACUUUACUUAGAAAGUUGAGCAGCUGUGGGGCCGAUCUGCAGUCUCCAUAGACUGUAGAUCAGACCCCAGGGCUCUCGACAGGUGGAGGUCGAAAAAAAAACC